AAAAGCUGGAUUCUUGGGAAUGGAAAAUUUUUAACUUAUUAGAUGUAGUUUUGCAUUCUGAUUUGAAUUUAAACUUCCUUUAAACCCUUAUGAAUCAGCAGCAAUGAACAAUUCAACAAUUUUCUUUAUUCUCUAGGCUUGAACAGAACUCUAUUAUUGACUAUUUGUUAUUAUAAACCUCAGUGCCAAUUAAUUAUGAAAAUUUGCAAAAUUUUAUCUCUUUUUUCGAUUCUUUGUGGCAACAUCAUUCCAAGAGUUUUUAGUGAAAAUUUAACAGAUAAAUAUGUAAAUUCAACUUUAAUUGAUAGACAAAUUCAUCUUAUAACUUCAGGAUUUUCUAGUGUAUUUUGGAAUUAUAUAAUCAAUUCAAAUAAUUCGUUGGAUAAUGUUUCAAACCAAUGUUCAUCUCAUUUGAAUAAGCUCAUUGAAUCAUCAUUUAAAGGUCAACCCUCGGCAUUCAAAUUUUUAUCGUUAUCUGGAUCUCGACCCAACAGCUUUCUCGAUGGAAACUAUGCCGCUUUUGGUUCUUAUGAUACAUGUCUCAGCUUUUCAGCAUUUUAUGAUAACAAAGAUGAUCGAACAGAUGACCAAAAUGCUAAAGGACAAUAUUGUUUAACAUCAUUUGAACCUGAUUUGUCCAUAAAUGGUCAAAUCCUUGGUCAACUAUAUCCUCACUAUUUUGAUUCAAAAUACAAUUUUACAAUUAAAGUUGGUUUUUGUGUUCCUUCAGUUUGUUCACAAAAUGAUGUUCAACAAAUAAUAACUCAAGCUUUUAAUGAUUAUUCAUGGAGAUUAGUUGAUGUCCAUUCCUGUGAUGUUAAAACCAAUUUUAUUGAAAGACUAAUGUCAGCAAGUCAAGUGCAACAAAUUUUAUUCUGGCUGUUGGUCGGUCUAGUUUGCAUUGUCGUUCUGGGAACUUUCAUGGAUUUAAAAAACCAAUCACAAGAAAAAUCGUCUCUUUUCUGGAUCCACCACUUUUCAGCGAUCAAAAGUAUCAAAAGUCUUUUCCGUAAAACAGAUCCAGAAUUGCGAAUGCCCGUUCUGGAUGCUGUAAGGUUGCUUGCUUUUUCUAUCGUUCUCACUUCUCAUGCUAUGAUGUGGCACGUUAUUAUAAACACAGGAUUUCUCGUAGAGGACUAUGAGUACGUAAAGACAUUACCUUCAAAACUUUACAUGCAACCUAUUAUUGAUGACUGGAUAACAGAAGGCCUUUUUUACCUUGGUGGUGUGAGUGCAGCGUUGAGUCUGUUUAGGAAAAUGAAACCCGAAACACCAGUUAGUGAAUAUUUGAAAUUCAUAUUCCGUCGAGCUGCCUUAUUGGUUCCUAUUUUGCUCCCAGCAAUGGCGAUAGAAGUCAUUUUACCACUUUUUGGAUCUGGACCAAUUUAUCAAUCAAUUAACCAAUACAGAUCAAAUAUUUGCGUGAAUAAUUUUUGGAGGACCAUAUUGCAUAUCCAGAAUAACUCUAAUCCGUUACAAAUUUGUGCAUCUUCGACUUGGUCAAUUGCCGUUGAAUGGCAACUCUUUGCAUUGGCUUGUAUUUUGGUUUACAUCUAUAAACGCAACUAUCGUCUAGGAUUAACACUCAAUGUCUUAACAAUUGUAUUAGGAUUAUAUCGUGUUAUACUGAUUUUCUUGAAUAGGAAUAUCAUGCCACUUAUUGUUAUGACUUCAAAAGGUUUGAGUGACAUCUUACACCGGGCAGAGAAUUAUUACGCUACAACUGAAGCUCAUAUAUGGAGUUAUUUUGGGGGAAUUUUAUUCAUUGUCCUCUUGGCUGGUAAUUACGAAGCAAAGAUCAAACAGAUGUUCCCUCAUGAUAAAAUAUGGGUUUACUCCUUAUGUGUAUUCCUAACCUUCAUUAAAUCUGUUUGGAAUUGUUUCGGUAUGCAAAUUGAGCCAGUAACUACAGUAAUCUAUAUCCUUUUCAAUAAAUUUGUUGCCGCGUUGUGGUGCGUGUCAACCUUACUGCACCAUGGAAGAGAAGUCAGACGAUUACUUGCUCAAUCAAAAUCGAUCGAUAUGUACAUUCAUCCAGAAGAGUGUGAUUCCGGACUUCGCACUCCCAAUAAAGAUACAAUCGCUAAAACAAAGAAUUCAGAACUACUGAAAACGGAGACUCCAAAUGAUAAUCGAAAUCAUCCUUCCAAAAUAGGGAAAGUUGAUCCAUUAGAGGUUAUUAUAAGAGUAUUAAGACCUGCUUUUUUUGUACACUCCGUUGUUUAUGCCUGGUACUUCACAAGUUUACGAUCGUCCAUUCCAUCUAAUUUAUUUGGUUAUAUGGCCCAAAUAGUUUGUUUAGUAUCUUUGACAACAUUUUUUGGUUUAAUCUUCCAUAUUCUGGUAAUUGGUCCUGUUGGAAGAAUCAACUACAUUUCAUCAAAGAGAAAAAUCAAAGCCAAAACCCAUUCUUCGUAGGAGUUUAUCGUCUUGUCUUCCGAUAUAAUCCUUAAAUGACGUGAAAAUAUUUCAACCCUUUUUUACUGACCUUAGUCAACAAUCUUAGUCUUAAUCUCAUAAAAAUAUAACAAUGUAAUAGGUUAUCUAAUAUUUUAAGCAUGCACACUGUAGUGUGAAGGAUUUAUUCGAAUAAUUUUGAAUAAAGCAAGAUUUGUCGGUAAAUUA